CUGAGUUGAGAGAGCCUCUGAGAAAAUCAACUGUUCAGAACCAAAAAAAAAACAUGGGGAGAAAGCGAAAAUUGCCAGCUAAAUCCGCUCAAUCGGCGCAAGUGGAAGAACCCCCACUCAAACAACAACAUCAAUUCGAUUUGGAAGCAGUGUACGAGGAAGUCGAAGAAGAAGUAGAAGAAGAAAUCGAAGAGGAGCCACAAGAAGAGGUAGAACAAGAAGAAGAACAAGAGAAUGAAGAAGAAGAAGAAGAAGAAGACGAAGAGGAAGAGGAAGAGGACAAUCAUGCACAAAACGCUAAUGAUCAGACGGUUAAGGCGCCAUCCACGUCAGCACCCACGGUGAACGACGUGGAAGACGACGAGGACGAGCCGAUCCAGAAGCUUCUAGAACCUUUCGGAAAGGACGAGAUCGCGAGGCUUCUGUGCGAUGCCGCGAGCAAGCACCGCGAUGUGGCGGAACGGAUCCGGAAGGUGGCGGACUCCGAUCCCUCACACCGGAAAAUCUUCGUUCACGGCCUCGGUUGGGACACCACCGCCGAAACCCUAACCGCCGCUUUCGGACAAUACGGCGAGAUCGAAGACUGCAAGGCCGUCUGCGACAAGAUCUCCGGGAAAUCCAAGGGCUACGGCUUCAUCCUCUUCAAGUCCCGCCGCGGUGCUCGCCUUGCGCUCAGGGAGCCGCAGAAGAAGAUCGGUAACCGAAUGACAGCCUGCCAGCUGGCAUCAAUCGGUCCGGUCCAGCAGCCAAAUAACCUCGCCGGUGUCGGAGUUCCGAUGGCACAACCGAAUUUUGUUACCACCGCGCCCCCUGGGGCAGUGGAAUUCACGCAGAGGAAGAUCUACGUGAGCAAUGUGGGUUCCGAAUUGGACCCGCAGAGGCUGCUGGCGUUCUUCUCGCGGUUCGGGGAGAUUGAGGAUGGGCCGUUAGGGCUUGACAAGUUGACGGGAAAACCCAAGGGGUUCUGCUUGUUCGUUUAUAAGAGCGCGGAGAGUGCGAAGAGGGCUUUAGAGGAGCCGCACAAGGAGUUCGAAGGCCACAUUUUGCAUUGCCAAAAAGCUAUUGAUGGUCCCAAGCGAUUUGGAAUGCAGCAGCAAUACCCACCACUGCAACAACAUCAUCAGAAUAAUGCUCAGAGGGCGACGGUGGCUGCAGCCACAACGACAGCAACUCAGUUUCAGAGAAAUGGGAAUCCUGGCUUUGUUGGUGGCGUUGCAGCUGCCACGCCAGGGCACUUGAUGGCACCGGCGGGGCCGGCAAUCGGGUAUAACCAGGGGGGAGCUGCGGCGGCUGCUGCACAGGCGCUGAAUCCUGCUCUUGGGCAGGCAUUGACAGCCUUGCUGGCUUCUCAGGGUGCCGGCUUGGGGCUGACUGGUUUGUUGGGGACACUAGGAUCGCAGGCGGCUGUGAACCCGGCUGGACAUGGAAUGCAGGGUGGUUAUGGUAGCCAGGCAAAUGUGAAUUCCGGGGCUAUUGGGGGAUAUGGGAAUCAAGUAGGAUUGCAGAGUGCAUAUCCCAACCAGCAGGUGGGGCAAGGUGGUUCUGGAAGAGGGCAGCAGCAGCAGCAGCAGCAUGGUGUUGGGCAAUAUGGUGGUGUUGCCCCUUACAUGGGCCAUUAGGCGUGCUCAGAUUCUUCAUAAGUACAUCAGUCUUUUAUUACUGGCCUGGUGAUUCUUCUGAAGUUUAAGGAGCUGUGCAAUUGGCGUCUUUAUAAUGAAACGUUACUUCAAAGAUCAGAUUAUUUAAAUUACCAAAUGAAGUUCUGUUUUGGC